CUCUCGCGCUACCAGCUCUCCAACGCCAACGUCGCCGCUGCAAUACCUGAAUCUUUGCUCCUCCGAUGAUAUAGUCGCCGUCGUCUUCCGCUGCGUACGCUGCAGCAUGCACACGCCAUGUCGUCCCUCGCCGAACCGCGUCGACCGCGCCUCCUGGCCCAGAACCGCAAGCUGCGGCACCUCCGCGGCGUCUGGUUGCGAAACCUGUCCUUUGCGCCCGCGACCCUGCGAACGACGGACGAUGCAGACAUCAACCGGAGCCCCAAGAAGCUGCAGGUGCUGAGGGAGUCGGGCCAAUUGCACCCGUCACGAUCGUCCGAGAACCUCCGGAACGACAGCCUGCGCCCCGAGACCUUGCGACCGCAGAAUGCCCGUAGAACCAGCUUGAGCAUGGCGCACGCGAACCCCGUCGCGAGGCAAAAGAAGCUGGAGACUUUGGUCGAGGACGCUGUCGGGGAUGUCUUUUACUCGCUGCACGUAGGCGGGUGUGCUGAUCCUGUCUACGUGAGCGAGGUGAGGGAGAGGUCGGCGAACUUCAACUUUCAGUUUUUCAGUCUGGGUGACUGCGAGCCGACCAUUUCGAGAUCCUGCGUCAUGACUAUCCGCCUGUGGGCGAAGCGACCGAAACAACAAUCUUGGGUCUUCUUGUUGGAGGAGAUGGUGGACUUGCGACGCCUCAACUUUGUUGCAACCCUAAUGGAUAGGCGAUUCCCGCCGAAUGCCCUCGUUUUCCACCUCGAGGACGGAAUCUACUCGCUCGACUUCCCCAACCGUAUAUCCGAUCCCAAGCAGGCACCGACAAUCGCGAGUUCGUCGUACAAUGCGCUAAUGAAGCUGGCCAAUCUAGAGAGCUCCAUCGAGGAUGCCAUGGAAACGCAGCGACGCAUCAUGGGUGAAAUAAACCAAAUUUUGGAGGAGAGUCCCACGGAUACUUCAGGGACAGCGGAGGAGGCCGUCACGCUUGCCGAGAAAUAUGUCACGACACAACGACGAGCGAACCGACUUGCAGAGAAGCAAAGAGACGAUCUCCUGGAAUCGCUCAGGAGCCGAAGAGCAGCUAUAGCCGAUGGGAGGGAGCUUCAGGCCAAGGCGGAAGAGGACAUUGCGAACAACGAGGAAAACCUGCGGGCGUCAAGGGAGCUCGUCGAGAAGACGGAGCAGCAGAUCCGAGGGCAGCGCCGUCGCAUAUGCUCGGAUCUCGCCGACAUCUUCCCCAUCACGCCGAUUCCCAAUGCGCCUCCCCUGUCGUUCCAGAUUUGCAAUGUUCCCCUGCCAAACUCAACCUACGAUGCUGCCACGGCCAGGCAGAUCACCGAAGAUGUCCUUUCCGCCGGCCUCGGCUUCGUAUCCCUCCUCACGCGCCACCUACAAUUCUAUCUUUCCCACCCGCUACCAUACCCCCUCGAUUCGUUUGGGUCUCGCUCUUAUGCCCGGGAUGACAUCUCCCAUCUCUCUGACAAAACUGUGUCCCGACGAGAAUUCCCUCUCUAUCUCCCUCGAGGAGGGUCUACGGUUGGCCAAUGGCGGUUCGAGUACGCCUGGUUCCUCCUCAACAAAAACAUCGAGUCUCUCUGCUCUUCCCAAGGCCUGAAGGUCGUCGACAUCCGACACUCGCUUCCUAAUCUCAAGUACUUGCUUUACGUUUGCAGCGCCGGGACCGAGGAUGUACCCGAGCGCAAAAAGGGUGGUGUUCGGGGACUGUGGGCUGGCAGACUGAAGGGUAGGCUGUCGACCAUGUCAACCCAAAUUGAUGGCGACGGCAGUAGCACUGCUGGGAGUCGACGGGGCAGUGGCGAAAGCGAGACGAUGAAUCAGCACGGGGAUGCGCUGAGGAAGGCUCUUAUGAAGAGCAAUGGUAAUGGAACGCCCGAUGAGGUGGCAGUGGAGAGCCUGAGUGAUGUCGUCGUGUCACUACCCUUUGACGAGGGCGACGCCAAGUUCACACUCAGAACUAAAGGAUUAAGAGAGAAUGUUUCAAGAUGAAGCUUGGGGGUGUUUUCAUCGAGUCUUGGCAUGGCGUUGGGGACUGGCAUGGACCGCAGACGUAGCGCGUCGGUUGGAUCAUGUUACAUUAUAUUGAGCACAAGAUGACAGACAGAUUUACAAUUCCUGAAUUCCAU